AUGGCUGGAUUAGCGUUGCUUUUAACACUGGUGGCAGUGGCCAUCGGUGUGUCGUACCUAGCGUUGCCUUACUUUGGACGCUUCAUUGCGCAGAGCAUCGGCUCGACAGUGCGCUCCAGGACACUUGGCCGGAGAGAGCUAUUGCUCAAGAGAGCCAACGAUGACGAGUCCACUUCGGCUCCCACUCUGAACAAGGAUCGUCUGGCCAAGGGCGAGUGUCAUGGGAAGCCGACACACGAGUGGGACGGUGUAAUAGGCUUCUUCCACCCCUUCUGCAACGCAGGAGGAGGUGGUGAGCGAGUUCUCUGGGCAGCGAUCCGUGCGACCCAAGAGCGAUACCCCAAGGCGCUCUGCGUAGUCUACACGGGUGACCACGACGUCGACAAGGACACGAUGAUUGCGAAUGUCAAGAACCGCUUCAACAUCCCCCUGCACGCCCCUCGUCUCACCUUCCUCUACCUCAGCACUCGCGACUUCCUCCUCGCCCACCACUGGCCCUACUUCACGCUCCUCGGCCAGAGCAUCGGCAGCUUGCUUGUUGGCUGGGAUGCCUUCAAUCUGGUCGUGCCCGACAUCUUCAUCGACACCAUGGGCUAUGCCUUUACAGUCGCCUUGUCGCACUUCCUCUUCCCCGACGUACCCACCGGCGCCUACGUUCACUAUCCCACCAUCUCUACCGACAUGCUGGGAAGCCUUGACUCUUCGGGCCGUGGUGUCAAUGCAGGCUCGGGAAGUGGUUGGAAGGGGAAAGCCAAAAAGGCCUACUGGCACCUCUUUGCCCGUCUGUACAGCUGGAUUGGUGGCGAGAUCGACGUUGUAAUGACAAACUCCACCUGGACUCAGAAUCACAUCAAAGCACUCUGGGGCCCGACUCGCCAAAAGAGACGUUGGACCAAAGACGUCUCUGUCGUCUUCCCACCAGUCGCCGUCGAAGAGCUGGAACAAGAGGUCGAAGUUUCGGAAGAGUCGGAAAAGAGCAGAAGGAGGGAUAUCCUCUACAUCGCACAGUUCCGUCCCGAGAAGGAUCACCAAAACAUCAUCAUGGCAUUUGCCGAAUUCUUGCGCGACCGCAAGACUGACGCAAAGGAUACUCCCAGAUUGGUUCUCGUGGGCUCUGUGCGUGACGAAAAGGAUAAGAUGUUGGUGUACAAGUUGCGCGUGCUGGCGCGCGAACAACACAUUGCCGACCACGUCGACUUUGUAAUUGACGCAAAGUGGUCGCAAAUCUUGGACCGUCUGAGGACGAGCUGGGUCGGUGUCAACGGCAUGUGGAACGAGCACUUUGGUAUCGGUGUCGUCGAGUACCAAGCCGCUGGUUUGAUCUCGGUCGUUGAUGACAGUGGCGGCCCCAAGUACGAUAUUGUGGUUCCCAUUGAUGGAAAGCCUACCGGCUUCCACGCAAAAUCGCCUACAGAAUUCGCCAAGGGCUUUGCAAAAGCACUGGACCAAUCUCCAUCAGAAACACUGGCCAUGCGCAAGCGAGCGAGAACAAGUGCCAAACGUUUCUCUGAAGGAGUCUUCCGCGACAGCUGGAAUGCUCAAAUGGAUAGACUGAUACAAUUACGCGUUACACCGAGAGGAGAGCGCCAAAAGUUGAGAUUGGAGUAG